AUGGUGAAAUACUCCACAGCCUACCCCUUCAGGCUGCCUGAGACGUCCCUUAUGUGCGUAUAUUGUUGCGAAUCUUACUCGGAAUCGUCUCAGUAUAGAAAACACAUGGAUGAAGAGCAUAAAACGUUCAAAGUAGAAACUGCUUUUGCACAUUGCCAUUACGAGGGAUACCUUAAAGCAGACUGCACAGAUCUAAGAUGCAGAAUUUGUAAUCAAUCAUACAAAAAGUUAGAGGAGGUAGCAAAACAUUUAAACGAAGUACACGAGCAAAAAAUUAAUUUUGAAUUCCAUUUGGGCAUUCAGCCUUUCAAAUUUGAAAAUGAGAAGCUUUUGUGUGGGAUUUGUGAUAGGAAUUUUCCAUGUCUUCGCCAACUCAGCCGUCACAUGUCAUCGCAUUAUCAAAACUUUACUUGCGAGGAAUGUGGAAAGUCGUAUACAACGAAUGGUUCUCUACAACAGCAUAUGAGAUUUUCUCAUAUACCUGAUGAACGUAUUUGUAGGAGAUGUAAGCAGACCUUCAGCUCAUUAGAAGCGAAACGGGAACAUGUCGAGUCAUCUCCAAAAUGUUGGGCGUAUCAUUGCUUUAUAUGUUCCCAAAGAUUUAUGAAAUGGUCGGCGAAGGAAAAACACAGAAUAACAGUUCAUGGUCAUGCGAAAAAGACACAUUCCUGUCCUGAAUGUGGAAUGGUUUAUACAUCAAGAAAUGCGUACAGAGUUCAUUUCGCGACUACUCAUGCUGGAGUCAAUUUCGUGUGUUCAUGGUGUGGCAGAAAGUUUACCACUAAAAGACAUUUGGAACAGCACACGGUCGUCCAUACUGGUCUCAAACUCUUCGAUUGUGACAUUUGCUCCAAAUCAUUCCCUAGAAAGGCGAAUUUGACCCAACAUAUGUGGAUCCAUAGCGAAUAUAAACGGUUUGAAUGUAGUAUAUGCAGUAAGCAAUUUAAUCAACGCGUCAGUUAUAAGUCACAUAUGAAAGCGCAUCAUCCUGAAGUAGAAAACAUU